GGCAUCAAGUAGAUGAAGCAAUUAAAGAGAAUAAUAUAAUUAAGCAAGUAGUAGCAGUACUAAUUCUUAGAAUCAUCUCAGAAAAAAAUCACUCAGAAACUUUCUUCAAAAACAUAUUACUCAAGCAUGUCGUCUUACUUCAAACUUGCUGUCGUCGCAUUUUUUGUGCUCACUGUCACUGCAUCAGCUAUGGCAAUGCCUGAUGCAAAAAUUCAACCCGUCACAAGGAGAGCAAAAGUGGGUGAAGGACUGCUGCAGGCUGAAAUAAAAGCAUUGAUAGAACUUAAACAAGUUGAGAAGGCAAUGAUUUCAGACUUAAGGCAUAAAAUGAUGGGAGCAAAUGAUCACUGUACUCCAUCAGGAACCAUUUGUUCGCCUGAAGCACCUGAACAGUGCUGCUCCAACUCCUGUGUUCCUCAUCAGUGGCUUAAGAUUUUUGUUUGCGCAUAAUCAGCUAACUAAGCUCCUUAAUAUGGAGUCAUUAAUCAUGCACCUUACUAUAUAAUGUGUAUGAAUAUCUGUAUUAUGAAGGAUGUAGAUGGUCUCUUAAGUUUCUAUUCUUGGCUAGAGAGAUGAAGUUGUUGGAUAUGGAUAUUCAACCACUCGUUAGACAAGAUUUUCUAUGUUUUCUGUUUAAUCAAUAAUCAGAGGCAUCAUCCUUCUUGUAAUAUAUUCUGUUUUAUGUUUUGAUCAAUAAGAUGCUUAUCAGGCUGGAUCGUACUCCAAUCUUCUAUA